UGUAAGGGAAAAUUACUUGGAGUGGUGGUAUCCACAGAAAAAUUAACAUUUGUAUACUUCAAAGUGAGAGGAAGAGAGCGAUUCAUUAACUAAUUAAUUGAUUGAGGUGUUUAUUGAUGUCCUAAAAUCCACAGUAUUUACUAAAAAGAAGGGAGAGAGACAGAGAGAGGGAGAGAGAGAGAGAGAGAAAAAAUGUUUCAACUCUUCACAAGAGAAAUAAGCCGCUGUCAGUGACGAGGACUGCACCGACUGAUGAGGUCCACCCUGAUUUCAUUCAAAAUCAGAAAUUGACAUAUCAAGUGAGAUCAAUUUUCACGAAAAAAAAUUAAUACCUAUUGUUUUGGGCCCUUGUGAACAUUUCUAUCGAUUCACUGAUUAAUUUAUUGAGUUAUUGUUAAUUAUUGUGAUCGAUGUUUUUGUGACAAUCUGGCAGCAGACAGACGACUGGAUACAGCAGGAAGAUCGGCGUUUUCCAGCCUCGAGGGAUUUACAUUCCUCAUAGUUCAGAGAAGGAAAAGAGCGCUUAUUCAGUAUCAGGUACCGUUUAUGAGCAAUACGUGAUAACGAAACAAUGGCAGAAACGAAAGAGCCAAUUGCUCCGGAGCUCACGUCAGCGAAGCAUGCGGAUGAGAUUAGAAUCUGUGGAAUCGAGGGGGGAGCCACGCAGUCUUUAUUGAUUGUAAUGGAUGGCAAUGGGAAACGAUUGGUCGAGGUACCAGGGCCUUCUACAAAUCAUUGGGGUUUCGGAAUGGAGGAAACCACAUCCAGAAUCAACUGCAUGAUAGAGAAAGCAAAAGAAGCCCUGGAGAUGCCGCUAUCACAACCAAUGGAUUGCACAGGCCUGUGCUUGAGUGGCUGCGAGGAAGAGGAGACUAAUCAGAAACUCGUGGAGAUGCUCUCGACUAAUUUUCCAAAUGCCAGUAGAGAGUACGUCGUGGGGAGUGACACAGUGGGAAGCCUCAAAACAGGAUCAGACUCUGGGGGAAUCGUUUUGAUAGCUGGCACUGGGAGCAAUGCAGUCCUCGAAAAUUCUGACGGGAGUAGGCACGGCUGUGGGGGGUGGGGACACAUGAUGGGGGACGAGGGAGGAGCAUUUUGGAUUGCUCACAAGGCUGCAAAAUAUGUCUUCGAUGACCUGGACGGUCUUCAGAAGGCUCCACAUCUCAUCAGUUACGUUUGGCCAGCGAUGAGAACGUUCUUUCAUGUGCCAAACAGAAAUGCAAUGCUCCCACACUUGUAUAAUAAUUUCAACAAGAGCAAAUUCGCCAUGUUUACAAAGGAAUUGGCCACUGGGUGUGAAAAAAACGAUCCUCUGUGUUUAUCACUGUUUACCUCUGCUGGAAAAAUGCUCGCCAAGCAUAUUAAUGCACUGGCACCAAAGGCACACAACGAUGUGAAGCUGAGAAAAGGCGGUCUCAAGGUAAUCUGCGUGGGUUCAGUCUGGAAAUCCUGGGACUACAUGAAAAAAGGUUUCACCGAGGAAAUCCAAGAGGCAAAACUCGUCGAUGAACUUACACUUCUGAGGUUGAUAGCGCCUUCGGCGAUUGGUGCUUGCUAUGUUGCUGCAGAGAAGAUCAAAUGCGAGGGCCUGGUGAAGACUCACGACGAACACACCGAGGCUUUUUUCCACUAUAAACGUGAGAAUAUUCCCACAGGUGGGGUUUCCACUGCUCCUGUCGACCCUUGCUGCGAGGCAACUGUCACUCCUACAUCCUAGGACCACUAUUAUUCACUAUUAUUGACGAUUCUACACUGAUAUCAUGUGGCUACAAAAAUUCAGAUCGAGCUUUUCAUCACAAUAUAUUUUUGUAUUUUGUCUUUCUCGAAAAAAUAAAAAAUACAAUUUUUUAUGA